CCUGCCGGCGGCGCCGCCUCAGGGCCGCCGCCGCCUUCCCGCCUCGGGGCCGCCGCCGCCUCAGGCAGCGCGGGACGCGCGGCGGCGACCUGCCCGCGCCGGCCGGUCUCGUGCCCGGUCUCUCCCCUCAGGGCGGGGUGGGGGCGCCCUGGCGGCUUCCCCCUGCGGCUCCAGGCCGCCCCACGGGCCGCCCCCGCAGCCCCUGCCCGGGCUCCGGGCACCUUCUCCUCAGCGCUGAAUCCGGGUAGUUAGGAACGGCGAGGACGGCCUGCACGGGCAGUGAGCUGAGUCGUCGUGAGAGCAGAGUGGCUGAAGAUGCCCUGAAGAAACGAGAGCAGAAGCGGUGAUUCCCCGAGACCUGCUCACCGCCUGCAGCUGACGGAUGACGUCCGGUGCUGGGACUGCUGAGCACCUGUGGCCGGGGUCACCUUGACUAACAGCAUUCGCAGCUCCUGAAAUGAACACUGCUGAAUUAAAACAGCUGAUGAUGCUUUUCCAGUACUGAGCAAGUAAACAAACAUCUCAAACUUGUAUCCAAGCAUUUGUUUAGCAUGGAACUGUGCAACCUUUAAAGAUUCUGGUGUCUUAGUACCAGAAGAUUCAUUUAAGGGUGAUCAAGCUGGAAUGUCAGUGGAAACAUGAAGAAUAAAACCAAAGGAAAGAAGCAAAGGCUUACUGUUGAUAAAGAAGCGUUUUCUGAGGAGUCAACAGUGAGAAAAAAAGAACUGGUGAAACGCUUGCGACACAAAGAAAGGCGGAGCGGGGGGAGCAAGGAGAGCAGCAAGAGUACUGCAGCCAGAGCCAGGCAUGCUUGGAGCAAUAAAGACAGGCAGUUGAGGAGACUGGAAAGCAAUGAACGUGAGAGGCAGAGAAUGCACAAGCUCAACAACGCUUUCCAGGCCUUGCGGGAGGUGAUCCCCCAUGUGAGAGCUGAGAAUAAGCUUUCCAAAAUAGAGACUCUAACAUUGGCCAAAAAUUACAUUAAAUCUUUGACCUCCAUUAUACUCAAUAUGUCCAAUGGACAUUUUCCAGCUGCAGAAGGGAUGGGGGGGACCAGUGGAUCCAAACUGCAGCAGCAUUACCAACAGGAGCAUGGGGAUGGUGAACAUGAGGAACAUCUGAAAAAACAUUCCACGCAGAUUCAUAGCUUCAGGCAAAGCAGCUAUAGUUAGCUGCUGCCUUCAGUCUCUUUCCUUCCUGCCUGAUGGCACAUGUCAGUACCUAGAGUUUUUAAGAGAUUGUUUUUGCCUCUCCAUAUUGUUCUUUUUUCCUUAAAAAGACAAACGGGUGGUACUUGUGGUUAUAGCUCAUAUUGCACAUAAAAAUUAUGUAGGGAUAUUUUUCUGUGGCGCCUCAGGGUUUGGGAAUUUAUCCUGUGAUACUAUAGUUGAAUUGCAGAAAGUAAAGAUUUAGUAACUUCUGUAAAUUACCCUCCCUAGAAGCAUUGUGAGUUGUGUUUAAGCCCUGUGUCACCGGAGUUCACUUGUACUUGGCUGUAAUGUUGUUUGCCAGCCAUUUAAUGAAUUGAUUCUUCCUUAACUAUCUUGCUACUGAGGAGGAUUAAAAAUCAUGACGAACCUGUUGAGUGAAGUGGUAUACGUGUGAACCAGCCACUAAAUCUGAAUGUUUAUCUUGAGUUUUUGGAUCUAUUCCAAAGCUCACUGAAAUCAGUGGAAGACUCCCUUUUACUUUCACGGGGUCCCAAACACAGGGGUGUAUUACUGAACUUAAAACGUGCAGUAUAAUUUUGAAUGUUGCAGAGCAUGAUAAACACUUGAAAGUACUUGUUAAUGUAAGCAUUUACAAAACUGUCUUAGACUGUAAGCUCUCUAGAGUAAGGACAUUUUUCUGUCUGUAUCUAAAGCAUCCAGCCUCAUGGAGUUCGUCUUUAGUGGGUCGUUGGGUGCUGUGGUAAUACACAUAUUAAAUAAUGGGCAAGUUACUUAUGAUCUUCACAAAAAUGGUGAUAAAAAGACUUUAGUACAGUCACAAGUUAGACAAUGAUCUAUCAAUUACAAAUUAUGUGCUAAUAAAGCUUGCAGCAUACUCUGGAUUUUUUCUGGGCUAGUGCUAGAUUCUGAUAUUAUGAAAUACAAUAAAUGAAGGAGGAGCUCUUCAAACAGGACAA